AAAUAAUCACGAUCUGACAAUUCUUAUGAUACACCGGUUAUGAAUUGAAUUAUGCAAACUCGAAUUGCAGUAUUGCAUUGAAUUGUCAUUGAAACCACUUUAUAGAAGAACUGUUUUGUAUCAUACUUGAACUAAGUGAUACUUGCUGUUUAGAUGAAGAAUGGAGUUUGCAGAGUUCAUAAAGACCCCUAUGGUGGAUGGUGUUACAUUAAAGAAACCAUUUUGUAAACCAGUAGAUGGUACCCUUUGCAUCACUGGACAUCAUCUCAUUUUGUCCUGCAGGAAGGAAAACAAAGAAGAAUUAUGGCUGCUGCACACAAGUGUUGAUAGUGUAGAGAAAAGGUUGAUUGGAUCAGGUGGUGUGAUUUUUGUUCGCUGCAAGGAUUUUACCCUCCUAUCUCUCGAUAUACCUUCAGCAGAGGACUGUAUUAAUGUUGCUAACUCCAUAGAACAACUGUCGAAUAUAGAUGAUGUAACAUUGAAGUAUCCGUUUUUUUACCGCCCAUCAUUUGAAAUUCUUGAGGAUGGUUGGCAGGCUUUUAAACUUGAGUCAGAAUGGAGCAGGUACAAGGAAUGUGCUGAGGAGUGGAGAAUUACAACAGUUAAUUCUGAUUAUAAACUUUGUUUAUCAUAUCCCAAGUCAAUGUUUGUGCCAAAAUCAAUCACAGAUGAAAUGUUGGUGAAGAUAUCUCAGUUCAGGCAAGGUGGAAGGUUUCCGGUGCUCAGCUAUUACCACCGAGAUAGCAAGGCAGUGUUAAUGCGAUGUAGUCAGCCACUAACGGGGACGAGUGGUAAAAGAUGUAAAGAAGACGAGAGGCUAGUUAAUGCUGUGCUCGGUAUAGGGAAGCGUGGUUAUAUUAUCGAUACAAGAUCGCAAGGCCUUGCGAAACAGGAACAGAAAACUGGUGGAGGGUACGAGCCCGAGGCCCAUUAUUCUCAGUGGAAGAGAAUCAAUCAGUCAAUAGAGAGGCGCCAUGUCUUCCAUGAGUCUGUCAUCAAACUAAAUGAAGCAUGUUCUGACACAGGGGCAAGUCAGGAUAAAUGGUUGUCUAAGCUAGAGUCCAGUAACUGGUUAUCACAUGUAAAGGAUAUCAUCACAUGUGCAUGUCUAGUGGCCCAGUGUAUUGAUAAAGACUCGGCAUGUGUGUUGGUACAUGGAUCAGAAGGUUUAGACACGACUCUACAAGUAACAUCGUUAGCACAGCUGCUUCUUGACCAUGAUUGUCGAACUUUUACAGGAUUUGAAGCCUUGAUUGAAAGAGAAUGGCUGCAGGCUGGACAUCCUUUUGCUGACCGAUGUGCUAAGUCUGCUAAUGCAAUAACUAAAUAUAGACAAGAGUCUCCUGUCUUCUUGCUAUUUUUAGAUUGUGUAUGGCAGAUCUGGCAACAGUUUCCAUGUUCUUUUGAGUUCAGUGAAGAUUUUCUGAUACUUUUGUUUGAGCAUGCGUACUCAUCCCAGUUUGGAACAUUUCUGGGCAACAGUGAUCAGGAGAGGAAACGUCUUAGAUUAGAAAGCAGGACUAUAUCACUAUGGUCAUACCUUAACAGGCCUCAAGUGAUAGCAGGUUAUUUGAAUCCCAUGUAUGACCCUAACCCAGCUGUUAUAUGGCCAUCAGUGGCCCCUCAAAGCUUGUGUUUAUGGAGUGGACUGUAUCUAAGGUCACAGGUGAACCAGGCCAAACAAAGUGAGGCAUGGACAGAAAUAUCUAAGAUAAGAGAGUAUGACAAAGAAUUGAGGUUAAAGGUCACAAAACUGCGCCGGCAGUUAGCGAGUCUAGAGAAAGAAGCAGUGAACUCUGGGGUUAUUCUACCAGCCUCUCUAGAUGCUGAUGUGAAAUAAGAAGAGACAAACCUAAUCAAGACAGUGAAAUACCCUACUAACUUAGAAAGGAAAAUUGAAAAAAAAAUGAUUGAAAUAAAGUGAAGGAGACAAAAUGUGAUAAUGUAUGAUAAAAAAAGUAUAAUACUGAUGUAAUAUUUGACAUGGUGAAGUAUAAUAUUUAGGUAGCCUUGCUUCUGUGUUUUCUGUUAAUUUAAGAUAUCUGUAAAAACACGUAGAAACACACAUAGUGUAUUUUUCAAUUAAAGAUAUAUAUACUCUGUUGUAACAGAUUGGUAAAAGCACCUUUGUGAUUCUAUUUGGAAACAAAAAACAAUUAUCUUGAACUGCUACAGGAAAAUUAGGUUUUAUGAGAAGUUUUGAAAUUUAUUUAAAUCCUACCAGCAUUGUUUCGAUCAGUUCUCAUGAAGCAAAGACUGUUAUAAUAUUUUAGGCGUUAUAUUUUUAUGAAUUAUACGUUUUUAAGAGAACAGAAGGCUUAUUAACUUCUAUGUGCAGAAGGCUGAGCAGUGGUUUUCCUAUACACUACCUUCUUAUCGAAAUUUACAGACACACUAUUCUUUAAACUGAGCUACUUAAGCAUGCUUUUUUUAAACCAAUUACAAAUAGUUCAAUGUAGUUUAUACACUUAAAUUGUUAGUUGUAAAUCUUUAGAAAAAUGUACUAGUCUAUGCCAUUAUAGAGUAUUCCUAGUGAUUUAUAAUUAAUUUAGUAGCAUUUCUGGGUAAUACAUCUAUCUAAAUUUUCAAUGACAAAUUUUUGUUUUAUACAAAGUCUGUUAUACGCAAUUGUAUUAUUGUUAUGUCACAUUCCAUGAUUAUGUUAUGAAAUGUUUUACUAUGUAUAUGUAUGUAUAUUUGUUAGAAAUAUAUAGAUACAGUAUAUUCCCAUAAUAGUGGAUUCCCACCUAUCAAAAAAAAUUAUUUUUUUCAUUUUUGCUAAUUUAGUAUAAUCUUUGUCAUCAUAUCAAAUGUGGAUGAUUUAUUUAAUUUUUUUUAUUAUUAUUAUAAUUAUUAUUAUGUUUUCUUUUAUAUUAUAAUUGUUUGUUUUUUUAGUAUUUUUGAAUUUAUUAUGUUAAAUGUACAUUUUUGUACAUUUUGUAAUUGAUGUUUUGGACUCAUAAUGGCACAAAAACAUUAGUUUUCAAUUUUAUACAUUAUGUUAUGCACAAAAUCAUUGGUUUUCAAUUUUAUACAUUAUGUUAUUCAUACUUUCCUCUCCAUUUAUUUAUCAUAUUUACUAACUCAUAAGAUUGGUUUUUACCAGUCAAUGUAUUUGGUAGUAACAUACACCCCUGUCUUAUAGGAGGACCGACUUACAGAUGAGCAAAUAUUGUAUGAAGUAAAAUACACAUACUAUAGCUAGCAUGAGCACUUUAGUAUUUUAUAAUUUCUUUGUACUGAUUCAAAGGUCUUACAAAGCUUUUUUGUAAUGUCGAUUAUUUUACAGGACAGCCAUUACAACACAGCUGCAUCAGAUUGAUAAAUAAUUUUCAAUUUUCAUUAAAGAAAGUAGUAGAGAUUUGUUUUAAAUACUAUAAAGUUAUAAACAGAUUAUUGGGCCACAAAUAUAAAAGGUUGUUUCCAAUAUAGCUUUCACUUAGUGUUAUGAGUUAUAUAAGCUUGCAACCAUAUUGUCUGUCAAAAAUCCUUAAAACAAAUUGACUAAGGUCAAUUAAAUAAAUCUAUAAAUGAAAAAUUUUAAGUAUAGAAUGAGUACAUUGCUGCAUUAAGACAUUGUCUCUCAUCAUCCAUUAUGUGAUUUUUGGUAGUGAGAAUUCAGUGUUUCAUGCUUUAUACUGUUGACUCCUCUCUUCUUUUUGUGUAUGUUUUUAUAACUCUUUAUUCUGUAUAAUCAUAGACUCUCAUUUCACACUCAGUACUGACAGUUGUACAAUUCCCAAUCAGAAGCAUUUUGUUGGGUUUAUUUACUCAGAUAGCAAUACUUUUUUCACUAAAUUAACCAUUAAUAAUUAUACAAAAGCAGACCGUCCAUGCCUAGUCUAUAAAAGAUAAUUUUGAAUGUUUGUUUUCUAACUUAUCAGACUAAAUUAAUUUAGCCAUAGAACUUUUAAAUCUGAUAAUCGUUUCCUUAUGUUCAUGUAGGUCACAUUUAUAAAAUGCGUUUCUCUUUGUUGACUUUUUACACUGAAACAAACAUAUAUUCUCAAUAUUAACAGCUUUAUGAAAAUUCCUCCACAAGCAUAUGGUGGAAUUUCUUCCUUUUGUUAAUGAUACGUUAUUUUAGAACAGUUUAUAUGCUUGUUGCUUAUGGUUAAUCAAUUUUUCUUUCCAUUAGACCAUUUUUCUUAGCACCUUAAUUAAUUGAACAAUACAGGAGAAAUAGCUGGUGUGCUUGGUACAUUCUUUUGAUUUUUACCCUUGGCUAAUUUAACAGACGCUUUCAAAUGUUACUUUCACAAAGCUUAAUAAAUUACCUCAAAGUUACUUCAAGGAAAAGUAGGAAAAUCGGUUUAAGCCUAAGUGACAUUGACCAAUGGGUGAAAGUAACAUUUGAAAGCAUCUGUUAUUGACAUCAAUAUUUUUGUUAAAGAUAAUACUAUGCUCAAAUUUCAUCUUUGGAAAUAUUUAUAAUUGCUACACAGUGUCUUUGUAAAUAUGAAAUAAACAUGUUUUGACUUCACACAAAGUAGAUAUGUUGCGUUUAAAAUUCUACACACUAUAGGUGGUUACAAUAUGAAUAUAUAGUGUCGUAGUUGUUUUAAGAAAAGACCAACUUUAUUGACCUGUAAUAGGGAAUGCACCUUCCAAUACAUAAUUAAUUCAUUCUUUUAUUCAAAUUGGAAAUAUUUCGUAAGAAUUUCAUAGAUUUCAGUAAAUCUCUGUGAUAAAAAUAUUUUACGCAAGGAUGAGCAUAGUAUAUCUUUAAGAAUUUUAUUAAGUUUUAUAACCUGUAAAUUAAGCAUAUUGCAGAUAGUCUUCUAUUGACUUUGGUAUUGUAUUUUCUUGACACAAUGUUAACCUUUUUGCACUCAAAAUGAUCAGAAUAAAACUUUGCUAUUGUUUCUUGGCUAAACAAUGUUAUAUUGUACACAAUGUUAUUUUAUAUUGUCAAAUGCUGUUCAACACAGGGCUUGUGCAAUAUUUAUGUUCCAUUUCUAUGCUGUGAUUAAAUAGGAAAAAUUGUUUA